AUGGUUGUCUGGUCGCCUCUUCUGUCCCUCGUGAGCCUGACGCUCUCAGUGGUCCUGAGCACUGCUGCUGCCCAGGACCAGGCCAAGGGUGCCGGCGUGCCUGCUCCGACUCCUCUCGUCGAGGAUAUCCCCAAUGCCUAUAUUGUGGAGUUCGCCGACGGCUACAACAUCGAUUCCCUCCUCGCCGAUCUUCGGGGCAUUGCGAUCGACACGGUGAAGCGCAAGGAUCUCAAGUACAAGCUUUUCAAUGGUGCCUCUUUUGAUAUCAAAGGCAACACCAAAGAAGAGGUCGAGCGAGCUGUUGAGAGGAUUUCUGGUCAUUCCAAGGUCAAGAAGAUCUGGCCUGUCCGCAAGGUCAUGCUUCCAGAUGACAGGUUCAGCUCGAUAGGUUCCGGAUCUGGGGGCUCUUUCGAUGUGCUCCAAACCGGAGCCAUCCUGAAGCGUCAGUCCAAGGCCAACAACAACACUUACAACCUGCACAUGCAGACCCAGGUCGACAAGCUGCAUGCCGAGGGCUUCACCGGCAAGGGAAUCAAGAUCGCCUUGAUCGACAGCGGCAUCGACUACAAGCAUCCGCUCCUGGGCGGCUGCUUUGGCAAAGGCUGCAAGGUCUCGUUCGGUUAUGACAUUGUUGGCGACGACAUGGCACAGCCCGGCAAAUUUCCCGACGACGAUCCUAUGGACUGCGCCGGCCACGGCACUCAUGUGGCUGGCAUUGUGGGCGCCAACCCUAGCGAGCUUGGCUUUGUAGGUGUAGCCCCCGACGCCGAGCUGGGCGCGUUCAAAGCCCUCAACUGCAUCGGCUACAGCACCAAUGAGAUGCUCAUCUCGGCUUUCAACAUGGCGUACGAGGCUGGGGCCGACAUAAUCAGCUCGUCCACCGGUAUCGAGGGGGGCUGGGCCGACGAUGCCUGGUCUUCUGCCGUGUCUCGCAUUGUUGAUGCCGGAGUCCCUGUUGUUGUUGCCGCCGGAAACUCGGGCGAGCAAGGUCUCUGGCGACCCAGCAGUCCUUCAGCCGGUCGCGGGGUCACUUCUGUUGCCUCAACCGACAACACCGAGUUUACUUUCCUGUUCCUAGCUGGCACAUAUAAGCUCGAUGAUGGAGAGCCGACUAAGUUCCCAUGGAUCGCUGGUGACCCAGCAUUGGGCAACAUCAGUCUGCCUCUGCGACUCCUGACGAACACGUCGGGGGCUCUAUUGGACGCCUGCCAACCUCUUGCCGAAGCUGUUACGCUCUUCGCUGAUGUCCUUUAUCUCGUUGCUGAGACUGGUGCUUGCAGACAACAAGCCCAGAUCGCCAAUAUGGCUGAAAAGGGUGCCAAGAACGUCCUCAUUUACUCCCGCACCGAUCGACCUGUCAAGGAAUCUUACCUAUCAGGUCCCAAAGCCAAAUUCGGUGUGACGACCCAGACUCAGGGCAAAGCCUGGUUCAAUGCACUACAGUCCGGAUCAAACAUCACCGUUACCACCUUAGAACCGGUCCACUCUCCCGGCCUGGCAGAGCAUACUCCAAACACAGCCACAGGAGGCUAUACCUCUUAUUGGAGCUCUUGGGGCCCGGACUGGGAGCUAUUUGCAACCCCCAACGUGGCUGCCCCAGGCGGCGAAAUCGUCUCUACCUAUCCCCUUGCCCUCGGGAGCUACGCAGUCGCAUCUGGAACUUCAAUGGCGUGCCCGUUUGCUGCCGGAGCUCUGGCUCUCAUCGCACAAAAGAGGAAGGUCAAAGAUUCAGGGGCGCUCCGGUCGUUGCUUGCCAGCACCUCGAAGCAGCUGGUGCACCACGACGGCCAGAAGGCAGACCCGCAGAACCGUCUUCACUCGGUCCUCCAGGGCGGCCCCGGUCUGCUCCAAGUUUUUGAUGCAUCAGAGGCCAAAGGUCUUCUCAGCACCGCUUUCAUCUCCUUCAACGACACGGAACACUACAAGGAUGUCACCUUCUCGCUCAAAAACACAGGCAAGAGAGAAGCGACCUACGAGCUUGGCCACCGCCCUGCCGCAACCGUCUACGCCCUUGAUAGCCUUGACCCUGGUUACCCACAGCCCUUCCCUGUCGAACUUGCCCCUGCCGCGGCCGUGGCCGAGCUCUCCUUCUCCAGGAAAGUCGUCAGAGUCCCCGCCGGUCGUUCAGUCUCCAUUACCGUCAAGGCCACACCGCCGACAGCAAACGUCGACCUGUCCCGUCAGCCCUUCUACAGCGGCUUCAUCACCCUCAACGGCACCAAUGGCGAUGCCCUCGUGCUGCAGUACCAGGGCUUGGCUGGACCUGCACUGCGCAAGGCUCCUAUCAUCGCUGAGGGCCUAAACGAUCUGGGCGUUCCCAGGUCGUACAUCGCCACCACGACCAACCGCUUCCCGUUCCCGAUCAACAACGACACAGUGUUCCGCAUUCCGCGGCCCUCCAUACCACCCGCGGAAAACAACGGCAUUGGGUUCCCACAGGCACGCGUCUCACACUUACUAGGCACCCGGAGGAUGGAGUUCCGCGUCUUGCCGCUUCAGCACGGCGGCGCCAUUGAGACUGAGAACUGGCACGGCCUCAAGACCCUCCCGACGGAGAUUUACGGCGCCCCCUACGAGCUUAUGCCUCGCGGCUCGACGUGGCGGGCGUUUGUGGGCCUGAUGGCCGACGGCGCCACGGUCCCCGAGGGCAAGUACAAGAUCGCUGUGGCUGCUUUGAGACUUUUUGGUGACUGGAAUAAAGAAGAGGAUUGGCAUGUUGUGGAGCUUGAGCCCAGCUUCACGAUCCGGUAUACUUGA